CUCCUCCACUGCUGCCUGUUCCUUUAACAACACCCGACGCAAGGGCUUGUGGUAGGAAGGGGGCCUCGUGACAUCACUCCCAGCCCAGCCAAUGAGCAUCCAGGAGGCCCUGCCGGCUGUGACCCCCCACCGAGGACCCCCGGAGCAGCAACACCUAGUCCAUGAGGCCUCCGCUCACAGGUGGGCGCCGCGGGGAUGGCUCCGGUCGUGGAGGUGUCGGACGCCGGGCAUUGCCGUUCGUUACUGGUGGAGCUAAACGAGCAACGGUUGAGGGGCCAAUUCUGUGACGUCACCAUCAUCGCCGAGGACACCAAAUUCCGAGCCCAUAAAAACGUCUUGGCCGCAUCCAGCCCCUUCUUCAAACAAGCUUUGGCCGAAGAACCCACCUGCCCAACCCCUGCCCAAGUUUUGGAGCUUCCCGGUGUCCAAGCCGGCGUCUUCUCCGACGUCCUCAACUUCAUCUACAACUCCCGCUUGGCCGUCCCGUCGCAGGCAGCUGCCCGCGAGUUGGGCGCCGUUGGCCGACGGUUGGGUAUCUCUUGCCUCCAAGGGUUGGAAGUGGGGACCCCCAAGGAGAUGAACGGAUCUUGGACCCCCCCUGUGACGGGGGAUCCCCGCUCACCCGCCGCCCCGGUUGAUUUAACCUGCCCGCCACGGUCGAGCGAUACGCCGGCGGUUGCCGAACCGGUGACGGCGUCGCCGUCAUCGGCAUCGUCGUCAUCAUUGCGUUGCGGGUUGUGCGGUCGAGGGUUCAGCACGGCGGCGGCGUUGGGAUUACAUGCCAAACUUCACCGUGGGCGCCGGGGUUUGGCGUGCCGGCAUUGCGGCAAGAGCUUCAUCCACGUCAAGAGGUUGCAAACCCAUGAGGUCCUCUGCAAGGACGGCCAUCGCGACGGUGACGCUGUCACCACCAACACCACCACGCCGACACCGAAACAAGGCAAGAAGGCAUUGCUGUUGCGUCACCGGGCGUUGGAGUUGAUCCCUGAGCAGGAACCGGUGGUGAAGGUGGUGGACGGGCACGUGGUCUACCUGUGUGGUGUUUGCCAACGCUCCUACAUGACGCUCUCCAGCCUGAAGCGUCACGCUAACGUCCACUCUUGGCGACGCAAGUACCCUUGCCGUUAUUGCGACAAGGUCUUCGCUUUGGCCGAAUAUCGCACCAAACACGAGGUCUGGCACACCGGUGAACGCCGCUACCAGUGUAUCUUCUGUUGGGAGACCUUCGUCACCUACUACAACCUCAAGACCCACCAGAAAGCCUUUCACGGCAUCAACCCAGGGCUCAUCUCCUCCGAGAAGACGCCCAACGGCGGCUACAAGCCCAAACUCAACGCCCUCAAGCUCUACCGGCUCUUGCCCAUGCGGGCGCACAAGCGACCCUACAAGACCUACAGUCAAGGCUUGGUGACUGAUGGGAUCCUCUUGCCAACGGCCAAUCCGGUAGAGCCAUCGGCGACCGUCGGCGCUUUCCCAUCGCCAAGACCCGAACCAGCAUCGGUCAUUGCCUACGGGCGACCAUCAGCAUCGGUCAUCGUUCAUAGCGGGGCGGCAGCCGCUUCCGUUAUCGCCUAUAAUGGGAGGGCGGGGGAGGCAGCAGCGGUGCCGGCAGUGCCGGCGGCACCGGCGGCGGCGCCAGCGGCCCGGCCGAUGAAGAAACAGGUGCUGCGGGAUUACAUUGAGGCGCAGCGAGCGGCUGGGGAGGCGCCAGUGGGUGAUAGUGGGACAGCACCGACAACCCAACCGUCACCCGCCGCCGCCGGCACCGGUUCCACCACCACCGCCAGCCGUACCAUGACCUACGUGGCCAAACCGGCUUACGUGGGGACGGCGGGGGAGAGCCGGGCGGCGCCGCUUUGCCAAAUCACCGUCCGUAUUGGCGAGGAAGCCAUUGUCAAGCGGCGCAUCUCCGAGACCGACCUCCGGUUGGAGACCACCGGCACCGGCACCGGCACCACCGCCUCCCCGACUGCUCACCGUCGCGCCGCCGCCACUGCCGCCUGUUCCCGCCGGAGCGGUGACGAUGACAGCGAUGCCGAGGACCGUCUUUGGCGCCCAUAUUACACCUACAAACCCAAACGGAAGACAACCGGCGGCGGUACAACCGGCGGCGGUACAACCGGCAGCACAACCGGCUCCGUCAAGGCAAAGAAAUCCCGUUGGCGCCGCAAGUUGCGCUCGUUACGGUGGUCGACGGGUGACGGUGACGAAGGUGACGGUGACGCACAGUCGGGGGACGGGCACCGGCGGCGGGAUUGGCAACACCCGUGCCGGGUGUGCGGGAAAACUUUCACGGCUUUGAGGAAAUUACGGAAACACCAACGGGGACACGAGGGGACGUCCGGCGGGGGAGGGGGGGUGGGUACGACCGGUCCCCCCACCCCCCGCGUGGGACGGCGGCCAUCUUUGCGCUUCGCCUGUAGUCGCUGCGCCAAGGUCUGUAAGACGGCGGCGGCGCUCAGCCGGCACGCCAAACGGCAUCAGGCGGAGUCGCCGCCGCCAUCGCCCGCGUCGCCGCCGCCGCCAACUGUCAUCGCCUACACCCCGCCGGCGGUGGCGGGGGUGAAGGAGGAAGGGGGAGGGGAAAAAGGGGGUGUCACCCCUCCCCCGCCGCUGGGUGAUGACAUCGCUGUCCCCCCCCCGAUUCCCAGUGACGGGGUCGACACGGUGACGGGUGGCGAGGGGGUGUCACCGUCGCCGGGUCCCAGCGGGGGUUACCCGGUGGGGAACCCCCACUUUUGA